UGUACAAACAGAGGCGACUCAUUAAUCCCAUUUGAGCUGAUAGAGCUAUUGAUACGUAUCAUGCAGGAAAUGGGGUAAGAAACGCCUAAAGGAGAUUUCAAACGAAAAAUAAUUAAAGUGAUUUCGUUACCGCAGGCGAAGAUGACUUGAAGGUGGCAAAAAGCACCAUUUAACUAAGUGUUCUCCCAGUUUUAAAUUUGUCUAAAAACAUCGUUUAUGCCACAACAAAGCAAAAGUUAUUGUUUUCCAAGAGACUUCAAUAUUAGACUUAUCAUUUUCCAUGCAAGCUGGAGAUUAGUAAAGAAAAGUACUAAUACCACCCAAGACCAUAUUUGAAGUCCAUUCAAGCAUCUUGCAGAACAGACAUCGAUAAAAGUCACUUACUCAUGAAGUUACCGUAAACAAAGAUAUAACUUGCUUGGCGAAAAAGCUGCAAAAGUUCUUAAAGAGGUUCAAGCAAUGUCGUGGAUUCAAAGUAAUUACAUUCAGUAUCCUGACUCUAAACUGUCGUUAGGGCAUAAGAAAGUUUCUGCUGCAGAGGUUGAAGAAAUCGUUGACAGACUCAAUGUUGUCAAGAAGACUGAAGAAAGAAAGCUACCCACCACUGGUCCUAAAAUAACUAAAGAAGAGAUUGAACAAAUGGUCGAAAGACUUGCUGACAAGGAAAGAAACUUGGAGAAGACGCCAGAAAGGAAUGGAACUGGUGCAGAUGAGAAGAUGGGAGUCGUGAAUACAUAUGCGUGGGUUAAUGGAAGUAUUAUGAGAAAUCGUUUGAAAACUGGUGAUGGAAAUUUUUAUUAAAUUCCUAAGAGAGACACCAUGUAAUGUUUAGUAACGGAUGAUUGUAUGUCCACAAAUCAUCUUUACUGAGAAAAACUGUAAUGACCAACUUGUUUUUAGCUUUAAAAGUUAAAAAAUUUAGUUCAGCAUUUGGAAUGGACAAAAGUUUUCUAUAGUUUUUAGGGUGUUCAUCACUGACAAAGACUUAAAGUCACUCGGUGUUGCCUAGAUUAGAUCUGUGAGCAAUUCGGCUAAAAAACAGUUUUGACGUUAAACUUGAAUAGCCGUCAUAAUGUUUGUUGAACAUGCACUGACUUGUCAACUACGAUAUUCAUAAACUCAGAGGUUUCACUGCGAA